ACUGUUGCUAAGGUGACAGUCACAAACCGAGGAGAUUGCUGCGGAAGUCGUCUAGAUGGCUUCAAGGUUGCUGUGGGAAAUGAUGUUUCUACAAAUGGUGGAAAUGGGAAUACUCCUUGUGGCGGUGGAUACAAGGUUUCUCAGGGCGGAACUCUGAUGAUUGAGUGUCCUCGUCUUGUAGGACGAUAUGUGACUGUUUACUUGAAGGGCGCUCUCAAAGUCUUGCAACUGUGUGAAGUGCAGGUGUUUGAACCGUGUGAUGAGAGUUGCUAUAACUUGGCUCUGUAUCAACCAUCCACGAAGACUGGUGGGGCAGCUUAUCCUGAUGCAGCAACAGACGGAAAUCCGAACACAAAUUACUUCGGACAUUCGUGUGCUCUGUUGGGAGGAGGUGCCAAAGAUCCGUUCUUCACUCUAGAUCUUGGUCACGUGACAAAGGUUGGCAAAGUGCGUUUGUGGUACAGUGGAGACUGUGGAUAUUGCCCGUACAUGCUGGAUAAGUUUCAAGUUCGAUUCGGAAUGGAUGCUAAUGGCAUGGGGAAUCCAGUAAGAUGAGAUUGAUUGAUUGUAGAAAUAUUUGAACGUACAGAGACGUGCAAAACAAGAUGAGAACUGAAAGGGUGUGGACAGUUUGACUGUUUAGAACAGCUUGAAGUUGAUCUAUUCGUAGAUACGUUGGGUAUGGCAAAGGAUCGACAAGCAAUGGUCAGACAGGCUAGAAGGAAGGGUGAAUGGAUUGUUAGAGGAAGACUACACUGACUGUGCAUACAGGCAGUUAGUAGGCUGAUUGGUUGGACACACUUUUAGACAGUUCGAUGGAUUGACAGACAGAUGUGCUAAUUGACAGACAGACAGACAGAUUGGCAGAGGGAUAGACGGACAGAUUG